CAGUUUUUAUAGGCAUGCCUCUGAUUGGUUUGAAGGAAAAGGAAGCCCAUCCCAGGCCACUGUUUAAAACUCAGACUGAGCAAGUAGGAACUUACUCUUGCAGUGUGUUUGUCUGAAGCUGAGUCACACAGGCUUAACAAUGGACUCUCAACUGGUUCUUUCUCAGUUGAAGAUCAAAGCUGGCGAUUCCAUCAAACUGAAGGGGAAAGUGCCAACAGAGGCCAAAGGUUUUGCCAUUAAUCUGGGCCGGGAUGGCUCUGAUCUGAUGCUUCAUUUUAACCCUCGCUUUGAGAGUGGUGGAGACACCAGGACCAUUGUGUGCAACUCCAUGGCAGGUGGAAAGUGGGGUGAGGAGAUGCGGGAGUCUGCAUUCCCCUUCCAGCAAGGAGAGGAGGUCAAGAUCUGCCUCUCCUUUGAUGCCAAGGAGGUAACAGUGAAAAUGCCUGGAGACCAGGAGAUCAAGUUCCCCAACCGACUAGGGCUGGAGUCUGCAGAAUUCCUCUCAGUGGAUGGAGACUUCAAGACCACAUUUCUUAAGUUUGAUAAGCAAUAAUCUGCAAAUAAAGCAAAACAUGAGGCUGAUAAGUAA